AUGAUGAUGUUCUCUCAGCAAAGAUUCUCUGGUCCUGAUCCACCAAGGCCAGAAGGUAUAGAGAAGACCUCCCACGUGAUAGUAUUUAUUCCUCCUGGAUCCAUCUCACCUGGUCUUGGCACAGUCUUUUCUUCAACAGAGCCAGAGUCUGAACUGAAGAGUUUUUGUUCUAGAAACAUACUGAUCAUCCUUGGCUUCUCCUCUAUCAUGGCUGUGAUUGCUUUGAUCGCUGUGGGGCUGACCCAGAACAAACCAUUGCCAGAAAAUGUUAAGUAUGGGAUUGUGCUGGAUGCAGGCUCUUCUCACACGAGUUUGUACAUCUAUAAGUGGCCAGCGGAAAAGGAGAAUGACACAGGGGUGGUGCACCAGAUAGAAGAGUGCAAGCUGAAAGGUCCCGGUAUCUCAAGAUAUGCUCAAAGAUUAAACGAAAUAGAUGCUUAUCUGACUGAAUGCAUGGAAAGAGCCAGUCAAGUGAUUCCAAAGUCCCAGCACCAAGGGACGCCUGUUUACCUGGGAGCUACGGCAGGCAUGCGGUUGCUCAGGAUGGAAAAUGAACAGUUGGCAGACAAAGUCCUGAGUGUGGUGACCAAGAGCCUCAACAACUACCACUUUGACUUCCAUGGUGCUAGAAUCAUCACUGGCCAAGAGGAAGGUGCCUAUGGCUGGAUUACUAUCAACUAUCUGCUGGGAAAAUUCACUCAGAAAUUGAGUUGGCUCAACCUGAAGCCAAAUGGAGGCAAUUCUCAGGGAACCUAUGGAGCUUUAGACCUUGGGGGAGCCUCUACACAAAUCACUUUUGUGCCCCAAAACGAGAGGAUUGAGUCUCCAAGCAACGCUCUGCACUUUCGCCUCUAUGGCAAGGACUACAGCGUGUACACGCACAGCUUCUUAUGCUAUGGGAAGGAUCAAGCACUCAGGCAGAAACUGGCCAAGGACAUUCAGGGUACAAAUGGAAUCCUCAGGGACCCAUGCUUUCACCCUGGAUAUGAAAUAGUAAUGAAUGUAAGUGAACUUUACAGUGGCCCCUGCACCAAGAGAUUUGAGAUGACUCUUCCAUUCGAUGAGUUUCAAAUCCAAGGCACUGGAAACUAUCAACAAUGCCAUGAAAGCAUCCUUGAACUCUUCAACACUAGUUACUGCCCUUACUCCCACUGUUCCUUCAAUGGGAUUUUCUUGCCACCACUUCACGGGGAUUUUGGGGCAUUUUCAGCUUAUUACUAUGUGAUGGAGUUUUUAAACUUUACAUCAGAGGAAACCCCUACUCAGGAAAAGGUGAUCGACAGUAUGGAAAAGUUCUGCUCUCAGCCUUGGAACGAGCUGAAGACAUAUUUUGGUGAUGUGAAGGAGAAGUACCUGAGUGAAUAUUGCUUUUCUGGAGCCUAUAUCCUCUCUCUCCUUCUGAAUGGCUAUCAUUUCACAGCUGAUUCCUGGAAGAAUAUUCAUUUCAUGGGCAAGAUCCACAGCAGCAGUGUCGGAUGGACUCUGGGCUACAUGCUGAACCUGACCAACAUGAUCCCCGCUGAGGAGCCGCUGUCCACACCUCUCUCCCACUCCACAUAUGUCUUCCUCAUGGUCCUCUUCUCCCUGAUCCUGGUUGCAGUGGCCAUCAUAGGCUUGUUUAUCUUUCACAAGCCUUCAUAUUUCUGGAAAGACAUGGUAUAG